CGGUGUAUCCUCUUGUAUUCCCAUAUAUCAAGUCUAUAGUACCGUAGUAGUGCCAUUGAGCUUUAAAGGUUUGUAUCCGUAUCUGUUGUGGAUGAACUCGGGAUGUUUAUAUAUUCUACAACUCUAUUACAGGUAUCUAUAUUAGUUAGUAUUAGUUAGUUAGAUUGUUCCAUAUCCUGGGGAUAUGGUUCCCUAAACAAUACAAACCUAGAAGAGGCCGAAGGACGAUGUCAGAAACGGUUGUCCAUUCUUAUAGUAUUUUAUACAACUCCCAUCUCGCUGUAGACACCGGUAUCUACCCAACCACCUACGAGUAAACACAACAAACGUAAAUACACUAAAAGUCCGCAAAGCAGACAUGGCAGCAGUAAGGACCAAAAGCGCUGUGUUGCCUUGUUACCACCAUAAUCGUCCUAGCAACAAAGGCCAUACAUACGUACACGCCGUUGCCGAUCAACACCAGUGAUAUUCACCUGUGGGACUGCAAGGAAACUACGUCUUUGGAAUCCUGUAUUAUCAUGUACCACUUGCUACGCUGCCAUACUUCUUAUUUUACCAGUUCGCGUCGUAUUUUCUCUCAUCGGCGAUACCAAGCUAAUUAGAGAACCUCUUCCCACCUUCCAAUUACAUUUCUAUUCCCAGUAGCCCACCAUGUGUAAACAAUACCACUACCACUCCGAAUGCUUUACCACCAACUGCCACUCCAUCCUCGGUUCUAGGAAGCGCAACCGGUACUGCCGCGAAGCUCUCAAAGCUAGGCGUCUCGGGCGUUGCUCAACAGGCGUCCAAAUCGCGGGUGUUUUCCGCGUCGUGGAGUCGACAGCGUGUUGCGAAGCCUGCAAGCAGCAAGCCAAGACAAACCGCCAACACGAACAGCAGAACGAACAGCAGGUCCUAGACCAGAGCAGCAGCAGCAGCAGCAGCAGCAGCAGUGACCAGGAGAAAAACGCUAACAUCGAGAUCCUUGGCUUCGUCGCAAUGCCUAAGGCUAAGCCCAAACCCCCGUCCCAACCUCCCAUCCCAGCCCAAUCUGAACCCCUACCAAAAAGCAAGGGCAAGACCAAGAACAGCAACCAAGACCUAUUCGACACAGUCUUCGCAGCCGCCCUAGCAGACAUGGAAAUCGCCUUUAACAACGCGACUUCGGAUACCGCCACCACCAAACCAGGCACCAGCGACACCAACGAGGAAGCAUAGAACGCCUCUCGCGAAGUCCUCGUCCCCCAAACUCCGGAGAAGAAGACGUCAACCACCACCAAGCGCGGCCGAAAGCACCGCAGCAAACCCCAAGAUCACAGCCAGGAUAAGCCUCCCGUCGACGACGCCGAGCGCUAUCCCUACGGCUUCAGCCCAACGCCGACCGAGGGCAAGUACGUCUGCGAGUAUAGGCGCGAAGACGAGUCUGACUAAGAUGGUUAUCAUGAUGUAUAAAUGAAUGAACGAAACAUACGUCCAGGUUACUUUAUCAUCUGCUUUUG